UCCAAUCCCUUUGAGCGACUCUGCAGCGCUUGAGCAGAUGGUCCCAUUUUAUCCGAUGGCUGUGGGCUUUGCCUGGACCUGUCUUCCCAAUGGAAGGAAGACCCCUCGAGCUUUAUACCUCUAACUCCUUCAGCAGAGCCCUGUUCCCUGAAGUCGUCCUUGUACCACGUGGAUAGUUUACUCCAGAAUUCAGCACUACCUGCUCCUCCCCAAACCUCAGUGAUCAGACCCAAACCAAACGGAGUGCAGUUCCACACCGACUGAUAGCGAAGGGAAAUGCCCAUGCAGCUUGGAUGCUCCUGAGCAUGAAUCGACAAGAGUCAAAGGCAGAAAAGAAAGACAUCAGAAGCCAAGGAAAUAGCAUGCUAGUAGUGAAAAUGCCUGCCUCCAAAUGGCCCUGGAGCGUUGAGUUCAGCCUGUGCCUUGCUCUAAUCCACUCGGGCCCCAGCCCUGGACACCCAGCCGCAUCGCCCAGCGUCUCUCUCUCCUCGCUGCUCCCCCUGCUCCGGCCCUGUCGCCCUCCAGACUCGCCUGGCAGACAGCCGCACCACACAGCUCAGGAAGCGCCCGCCGGACCCCGCACCCGGGCAGGCAGCCUCCCUCGCUCGGGCGCGCUCAGGCACCGCGAGCCUCGCCCUUCCUCACUGGUAGGAACUGGCCCACAGCAAAACCAAGACCUCAAACUCUCAACUGCCGCUGGCCUUCUUCUCCGUCGCCCCCCCCCCCCCCCAACCCGAGCUCAAGCCCCUGCCCCUCCCACCUCUCACCGCACACCCUCCCCCAGCGAGCCCGCAGGCUCAUCGGGAGCACCACGGUCCCCAUCCGGUAGGCUCCCCGGACACCCGUGGCUUCGGGAUUUCCACGCGACAGAUACUGGCUGCAUGGCUGCAUGGUUGCAUGGGUGCGAGGACGUGUUCGGGGAUGGGCGAGUGGGUGCCCUGGACCUGGACACCUUGCUAGGAGCAGACAGGUGACCAAACACCCGCUGACACGCAAUGGAGGACACGGUGAGAUCUCUCUCCCGCACCACCACCCUCCUACCCUCGCGACCCUCUCCUGCCGCCGCGCGUCCCCAGGAGGCGAGGGGUUGGGUGGGGCUGGGGUGGGGGGACCAGAGCGGGAGCCGCCUCCCGGCACCACAGGGCCCAAGCCCCCAAACACAACUCAGGGACGUCCUCCCGUCUGGAUCCAGGUCGUCUGUAUCUUCAGAGAAGCACACCCGGACACCUCAUCCCAGCUCACCCAUCCCAGGCACCAUGCCUUUUGGUGCUCAACUCCUCAAUCUCAGACUCCACUUGACCGUCGACUUGGAUUGACGACACCCUGAACCACUUGGGAUGACCACUUUGGCAAAAAAGAAAUCAGAAUUUCAAGGCAAGGCAGAAACCAUGAAAAGAAAAGCCAGACACACACUCACAUACACGCACACUCACACAAACUUCACUAACACACCUACAGAGAUAAAUGGGGGAGAAAGAGACUGGCUGAAUGACAAAGAGAGACUCUGAGUCUGUGUGUGUGUG